AUGGAAGUCGCCGACUUCGCGUACAAGCCCGCGAAGGAGUUCGCGAAGGACUCCAUCCGUCUCAUCCGCAAGUGCACGAAGCCGGACAAGAAGGAGUUCAGCAAGGUGGCGCUUCGAACGGGGAUGGGGUUCAUCGUGAUGGGGUUCGUCGGGUUCUUCGUGAAGCUCAUCUUCAUUCCGAUCAAUAACAUCAUCCUCGCCGCGUAG